GAGCCGUGAAGCCGGAUCAGUUACGAGCAGUGACGCUGACCCCGACUGCUACGACGAUGUGCUAGAAUGACCUGAUCCAACAGAGUCCGCUCCGAUCCUCCUCACAUCCUUCUCGGUCACCCAGCAUCCGCUCGCUGGGGACACAUACGCCCAUUAUGCAGUUCGCCUUGCCUCCGCGGAGGACCCCGAUAGCCCCUCCGUACGCUCGCUCGUCCCGAUUCUCCCUCCAGCGCAGGAAGCAGCUCAAAGCCGUGGCCAUCCUGGGAUUGGCCCUCCUCACCGUAUUCUUCCUCCUCUCCCAGCUCUUCUAUACCAGUACAGGAACCCCCGCCGUACCAGCAGGAACCGCCGGUGUGGUGAUCGUCACCGUUCUAGACCGGGCGGGUUUCAGCGACGAUUACAUCCAGAAGAUCGUCAAGAACCGCGAGGACUAUGCUAAGCGACAUGGUUAUACGAACUUCUUCGCCAAUGUGUCCGACUAUGAAACCGCCCUCGAUAAUGCCCCGAGAUCCUGGGCCGUCGUCCCAGCCGUCCGUCACGCAAUGGCCUCGCACCCAUACUCGAAGUACUUCUUCCACCUCGACGCGCACUCCCUUAUCAUGAACCCGGGCAAGUCGCUCGAAUCGCAUGUCCUCGAGAAGUCCCGUCUCGAAUCGCUCAUGCAGAAGGACGUUUCCGUCGUGCCCCCCGAUAGCAUCAUCAAGACCUUCUCGCAUCUCCGAGCCGAGGAUAUCGAUCUCAUCGUCACCACCGACGAGGAGGAUAUGUGUCCCGGAAGCUUCAUCCUGCGACAGGGCGACUUUGCCAAAUAUUUCCUCGAUUUCUGGUUCGACCCUCUAUACCUGAGCUACAACUUUGCGAAGGCCGAAACUCAUGUUCUGGAUCACAUCGUUCAAUGGCACCCAACCAUCUUGGCAAGAUUAGCUCUGAUCCCGCAACGAAUCAUCAAUUCGUACAGCAAGGAUUCCUCCGGCGCUGCUGUCGACGGCGUCUACAAGGACGGUGAUUUUGUCAUUCGCUUCCUUGGCUGUGACACCGAUACGAAGCGGAGCUGUGAGAAGGAAUUGGAGCCGUAUUAUCGUCUCUGGGUGAGCAAGUUGAAACAUGAAUAGUCUUUCCCCAUCCUCCUCCCUGUUUCUUUUCGUAGUUUAUUUUUUGCCUUGCCUUGCCUCUUAGCUUGGGGGUAAUGUACACCUAGAUACCUACUAGGGAGUUUUGGGUCUGAUUCCGAGAAUCAAUCGGUGUUUGGGGAGUUUGUGAUUUGGUCGUGGAUUACUAUUAGUUGUUAUGGAUUAUGUAUUAUGUAUUAUUCAUAUAUCAAGCGAGCGCAUUGAUUAGUUGGCUAUCGAUGGAUGGAUGGAUGCUGCAUGUAUCAAUUGCGUUAACAUGGUCUUGACUUGAAUUAUUCUUCGCGUAAAAAUAAACUGCGCAUGACUCUCG